AUGAACUACAACCAGCAUAAUCAAGAUGACUUUGAAGAUAUUCUAAAGAAUUUAGUGCCAUAUGACGAAGCCGAGCAGCAAGAGAGGAAUGAGACAGAGGACGAAGAAUUAGAAAUAUUUGACAUGGAUGCCUUUGAAAAUGACUUAUCAGAGGACCUCACACACGAUAAUUUCUUCAUAACAAAGCCAACAAAGGAAGAAAGGGAAAGGGAGAAGAAAGAAAAAGAGAAGAAAGAGAGGGAAAAGGAGCAAAAAGAGCAAAAAGAGCGUGAGGAGAAGGAAGAAGAGGAGAGAAACCAGAAGGAAAGGGAAGAUUUUGUGAAUAUCCAGAAUAUAAAUAAAACACAGAGUGUAAGCGAGGAUACGCAGCAGACAGACAGAACAGAGGAGGAAUUUAAAUUUACACCAGAAGACACUUUUAAUGCAGAAUAUUCGCCAGAAGGCAUUAAUGCAGAGACUGAGUCACCAGAAGACACUUUUAAUGCAGAGACUGAGUCACCAAGUCUACAGAACACACUAGUGAGUAGCAGUACACUUGAACUGACACCAGAGCUGGACAGUCAAGAAUUUGAUGGAAUGCGCGCAGUACCAGAUAAUUCAUACGAAAAUGUGACAGAGCAGAGUGCACAAAGUAGCUCAGAGACCAGCACACUUGAGCUCACGCCUGAAUUAGCAGAACAAGAGUUUGAAUAUUCACCUGAUGAGAGUCAGAAAGCAGAAGAGUAUAUGCAUAGACCAGAAAAAACAGAAUACCCUUUAGAAGAGGAAGUGCCUGAAGAGGAGCACAAUGGCAACUAUAUGCCUGAAACUGUGCCUCACGAAGAAGCAGUUGUGCCAAAUACUCAGCCAGAGUACAUUCCUAAUACGAACAGUCCAAUAAAACACAUGAAGAACUCGCCAUGGUAUAUUCCUGAACAGGAUGUACAGGAUGUGCCAGUGCCAAAUACUUCUAAUGCUGAAGGUUCUGUGUUUAAACCUAUUCCUGAUGUGUUUAAUGCGCCACAGGAUAGCAGCUGGACACUUGAUGAGUACUUCCAGAUGUCGCCUGAGAGCAGCUCUAAUAAUGAAGAUGUAUUCUAUCAGAACAAUGAACAGGAGAUCUUCGGAAUGGACGAGUCCAAUUCAGGGUGUAAUGUGUCUUCUACAGACAAUUCGUGUGCACAAGAUGCAUACGUACAUAAUCCUGAGAGCAUUCCUGUAGAAAAUAAAGAAGAGGAAUCUCCUGCCACUGGAAGCGAAGAGUCGUCUUCUCUUGAUGAGUUGUUCAAAGACUGUCCGCCCAUUGAUCCUAACACAUUUAAGUAUGCCCCUGAUUAUCAACAAAGCACAGAACUUGACUACACAAAUGCCGAACCAAUUCCAGAGGACUAUCCUGAAAUACCACAGAAUGCUUAUGUAUACGACCAGCCGGUGGAAGAGAGUGCACCUGCUGUGAAUAGUUCUGCAAAUCCAAUUGUUUAUUCUCCACAGGAAUAUACGUAUAAUAAUGCAAACCCUUCUGUAAAGAAACAGGCUUUUAUUCCUACAUCACCUUUCCAGCACAGCCAGCCAAGCCAAGUACCAGCACAUAAUGAUUUACAACAUGCGCAUGCACUGCCUGGCGUAGAGGACACACCCGUUUCACUGAACACUGUGGAAGAACAUGGCCAUGUGUUAGAAAUACCCGGGGAUAAAGAAGCCUCUGAUAUGCACUCCCACCCAACUGCGCAUAUUCAAAUGACAUUCUGCGGGGAUAAAUUUAUUGUUUUCUCUUCUACACCGAGUGUUACUAAUCCUCAUAAGUUAUUGCCAAAUCCUGUUAAGACAGUAGAACUAUCCGGUGAGAUAAAAACCGACAAUGUCAAACAGAAGUCUACUCAGGAAUUGGUUAAUUCGCUUAUUCAGACAUAUCCUAUGAAUUAUUCUUCCUCCGACCACCCACUGAACUACCUUAUAUCAAAAAGUAUUGAUACUCUUAGUAAAAGAAGCACUAAAAGAAUUCCCUCCAUUCCAAUAAAGGAAUAUAUCCCAGAAGUAUCUCAGGAUAUAAAUAGUGCAAUGCUUCAGAACAAUUGGGCAGAAGCAUUCUUUUUAUCCUCACAGAAUGCAGAAUACUUACUGUGUGUACAGGACAAGUAUGCCAAGCAUACAACAGAAACAGUAACCGAUUACAUUUCAGUCUUAUUGUCUACACAGUGUAAUAUUCCAUCAAGACUCUUCAGCCAGCCAGAUGUUCUGGAUAACUACUUGACCAUUCUUUCAAUGGGCAUAAAGUAUAAGAAUGAUAAAGCACUGGAAGAAUUAAUUAGUGCCCUCUUUAAGAACAACAGAAUGGAUGCGGGUGUUAUAUCAGUAAUUAUAUCCGGACUGAUUGACGGGUUUACAGAUAAAAUAUUUGAUAUAAAUACGCUUCUAAUCAUUGGAAAGUUAAAGGAGAAAGAAGAGGCAGUAAGAGUUCGUGUAAAAGAACUUCUUAGAAGAGUCAAGGUGAUUAAUAAAAAGAGGACCCAGGAGAUAUACAAAGAGAACAAAGAUAUUUUCAAUCGCACAGAUAAAAAAGAGAUAGAAGAGUUCCUUUGUAUAGAAAGCAGCUCAUGGGGACUCCAGGGAAUAAUCAAUGCAGUGGACAAGGGAAUUACAAGAAUGGUUAGUACGCCAAACACAGCACAGCCCACUACAGUAAGCACACCACAGACUAAUUCAUUUGAAGUGCAUAAGCCACAGCCUGUGCAGAGUGCGCCAUUCCCAGCACAGCCUACUAUUGGUCUUGGGCAGGGUGUGACUUCUCCUGUUGGAAAGAGUACUUUUGUUAAAAAGAGGAUUGCUCAUAUGAACAGGCCAACUUUCCCAUUGAAUAAGCCAGCACCAGAAGCACAGCGUGUUACGAGUGAAAGCCAGAUGCCACCAGCACAGAAUGCCUCUACAAGCCAUUCCAGCACACUGCCACUUGGAAGUACGGCAAUUCCCAUGCCUUCUAUGCCCUCAAGCUCUGAAACAGCACAGAAGACAAUGCCAAUUCCAGGCAUACCAAUGCCUUCUAUACCUCUAAGUGCAUCGCAGCAACCUAAUAAUCCUGCCAUGCCAGUAAUUCCUCAAGGCAUACCUAAGCCAGCGCCUUCGAUGCCAUUUUCACCAAAGGCUAGUGGCAUUCCAAUGCCUUCUAUACCCUCCACGGCACAGCCUAGUAGUAUUCCUACAAGGCCAGCACCUUCCAUGCCCAUGCCAGUAAUUCCCCAAGGCAUGUCUAGGCCAUCACCUUCGAUGCCCCUUUCUUCAUCAGCACAGCCUAGCAGCACUUCUGGAAAACAAGCAUCACCUUCUAUGCCCAUGUCAGUAAUUCCUCAAGGUAUGUCUAGGCCAGCACCUUCGAUGCCAAUGCCUUCUAUAUCAGCUGCUACACAGGCCAGUGCUACUACAAAACCAGCACCUUCUAUGCCCAUGCCAUCUGCUGCACAGCCUAGUAGUAUUCCUACAAAUUCAGCACCUUCUAUGCCAGCGGCAGCAGAACCAUCUCCAAUCAUGCCAUACAAACCAGCGCCAAAGGUUGAAGAAACGCCUGAAGAGGACAUUGACUAUAAGAAGUUGUACUCUGAUAAGUCAAGGUAUCAAAUAAUUGAUUCUACUCCAGAGAAAAGCUCUUGGCUAGGAUAUAUUCCCGGAGUAAAUGCACUGUCUGGAAUAGUCAAAAAAAUAGCAGGACAGAAUAAUAUUCCAGUAAUUGAACUGUCACAAGACACAACCUUUGUGCUCGACAAGAAAUUAAACAAGUGGAUAACUGUUGAUGCAAAGACGCUUAAACCCAUUAAAAUAUGCGCCUCCAAGGCAUCUGAUGAGGCAGCAUCUAACAGUGUUUCUGCUCCUAUACCGAUGCCUGUGCUUACAGGAAAAAUCCCAAAGCGCGGUCCAGAUGGAAAGGUUGAUUUUGGUCCAGUGGGAACUAGCUUAGAAGCAAGGUAUGGUAAGCCAAUGAUACAGUCAUCGAUUGAUACAACAAUCCAAGACACAGCCCCAGCCUUCCCUACUUCACAGAAUAUGUACUCCAGAAAGAACGCGAAAGUCUUUGUUCCUAAACUUCCCAUAGAAGAUACAAAUACACAAUAA